AUGCGAAUAUGCCGCACUCUGCGCGAAUUCCGGACGCGCGACCCAAAAUCGCUGGCGAUUUUCCGAGUGAAGCAUAGCAAACGCAGUCAAAUCAAAUUGGAACCAUUGGAGCAAAGAAGAUUUAGAGUGAGGAGUAGUCUUUACAAACAUGGGCAAUAAAAUCUGAAAAUGUGUAUAUUUUCAGAGCACUGAAUCGCGACCAAUUUCAACAAGCAAUUAUUUGACAGAAUCUGUUGAGAGACAUCGUGAUAUGGAAGCUUCGAGAUUAAAAGAUUAUUUGAAGGUGAGUCAUUGAUAACUGAUUAGUUUUUUCUGUAACUGAUUUAAAUCAGUCAUGAGCAAAAAAUGAUGCUGAAGUUUUGUCCUUUUUCUUUCCAAAAAUCAUUACUUAGCAUUCCUAAGUGGUUUUGUUGACAUUUCAACUUUUGUUUGGUUUGACCUGUUUAAUGUUCAUAUUUUUUCGUUUCUGGGGGCCUUCGUGAUUAUCGAAUUGCUAGUAGUCAUGAAAAAUCAGAUUUGUUAUUCUCACCUGAUUGUUAGAUUUGCAUUUUUCAUAGCACUUUAUAAACGUUCUCAUUGAACUAGAGAAAAUCAAAUCCCAAACCUAAAGAAAGAACGGAAAAAAUAAGAGUGUAUGUCAACACCGACUGCCCGCAAACACCAAAUCCUACGCGCAACCUUGACGCGAAAUACGCGCUGUGUGUUUUCGCGAAGAAAUUUCUGGGGAUUUUUAAAAAUUGGGAACCCCCCCCCCCCCAGAUUUUAGAAAUGGACACGUUUGAAGUAUAACAUAUGGGAACCCUGAGAAUCUCUCCAAUGUCGCUUUUCCCUUGGAGAAUACUAGUAAAUCACAAAAUAAAACAAAAAACAAUUAAUCAUUGUCCGAGAGAAGUACAAAUAAAGAAACUUUGCUUCGAGACCAAGUAAGGUGUUCUUGUAAAAGUUUUAUAAAUUUUAAAAGUUGCAUUUAAAAAAAGAGGAAAAUAAUAAUUUCAUAUUUAUUGUUCAACUUGAAAAGCUUUAUAAUUACCCUAACUUGAUCAUAGUCUUUCUUUAUCCCAAAAUCUGAAUUUCAGGCAAAGGAAAGUGAUGCAAAUCAACCUUGGAAUAAGCCAGGAUGGCCAGGACCGAAAAAAGGAGCGAAUGAUGAAAGUCUCAGAGAGUUGGAAACUAUCAAACAGGUAACGGCUUCUGGUUCGGGUUCUUAUCUAGGAUUUUUUCAGCCAAUUUUUAAAAUUAAAUCCCAUUUCAUUUUUUUCAGAGAGUUGAAACAUUGAAGAGGGUAAGUCGAUGCAUGUGUGUUUGUGUUGUGUUAUUUGUCCCUCCCAAUUUUGUCUCGGCUUGUAUUGUUUUCAUUAAUCUUGUCGCAUGUCCCUUUAAGGCACCCCCUGGCAGUCACUGACAUGUUUUCCUUUCGAUUCUUCAAAACCGCGGGUAGUUUUGUAAAGACCGCCUGGUUUUAUAGUCAAAGAGUGUUUAGAGAGCGUCGCAAUCGAUGACUGAUUUGAGAGUUCCGACACCGUCGCAAUUUGAACAGAGUAAUGUGGUGAGUUUGUGGAGAAGAGGGAGUUAUGACGUGGAAAAGAUGGGUUUUCACUGAAUUUUGAUUUUUCCCGAAGUUCAUUUUGAAAAUUUGAGGAUUACGAGAGAAAUUAGAAUUUGAAAAUUUUGUAUUUUUUUUGCAAAAAUUGAAACUGAUCCCUAGAUAUGUUCUCAAAAGGUUUCAAAUCAUUGUUCAAAAAAAAAAACGAUUCUUGGCAUAAAAAAUUAGGCUUUUGAUAACGUAGGCCAAUAAAUUAUUCAAAUGUUUCUACAAUCAAUUCCAACCUUUAACUUCAUUUUUUUCUGUUCAGAAUGUGCCAUCACCAAUUUCACCAGGAGAAUCAGGCUGGCUGAUAAAAAUGAGAAAAAAUCGAUAUCUUAAUGAAGCGUCAAAAUUAACUGACGGACCAAAAAAAUACAAAUCGAUGGAUCAAUUAAAUGUGCCUCCGCCAAAACCCGAGGUAAGUGAGACGCAAAGAAACAAAAAGAAAUCUCAACACUUGAACGAAUCGUUUUUGUGUGUGUGUGUUGGUUGGUUGUAUCUGAAACAGUUUUUCGAUCCUCCUUCCAAUUUUCACAUUAUCUCACACUCUCCACAUAUCACAUGCUAUUUCAAUUAGUUGGCUCUUGACGCAAAGCCGCCGUACGCAAAUAAAUAGGGGGAGAAUUUUUGCGCACGCGAGGGCGUAGAAAAAAAAAGAACAAAAUGGAUAUGAUGAGAUGAAACUUUUUUCCUUGUGCUCUCUCUGUUUUGUUUUGUUUAGAAGCGAUAUUCAAAUUAUGUAUCAUCGAUUUUUUUUUUCGAAAUGAAUAUUAGUAUAUGAUCUCUAAGGUUUCAAAAUACCAAUCUGCCCACACAUUUUUUCUUACCAAUACUCACAGGGUUUUCUAAUUUCUUGUGCACACAUUGUUUGUUUCACUUCGGGUAUUUUUUUUUGAAAUGAAAAAAUUGAAAAUCGAAAUUCUUCUUUUUUGCAGAGAGAAGAUCCAAUCCAUCGACAACUUCGCAAAGAGUUUCAUCUAACUAAAUAUUCAGUGAGUUUUUGUUUUAUGGGAUGGUUAUAGGGUAGGGUUGGAAAAAAAGUGUAUUCGAAAUACAAAUGAUAUUUUCUGAUUCUAGGUUAUAAAAACAUUGUUCUGCUACCAUGUUUUUUUUCCAAAAAUGAGAAUGAGAAUCUAAAAAUCAGUUUUUCAAAAAUCACGAUAAUUUCUAACCUUUUUCUCUCUCUCUCUUUCUCUCAUUUUUCAACAUGUAAAUACAUGAAUACAAAAAUUGAAUAGUGAUUUGUUGAGUGAUAAGUGUGUGCAUGCUUCUUCUUCUUCUUGCUCGACCGCCCGCGGUGUUCCUUGACUUAUUCCAAAUAUUAUUUAUUAUUAUACAUACAUGAUGUGUAUUCACUUCAUGUUCUUCUUCUUUUUCUUCAUAUUUUUAAAAACAAAUAUACGAUUUUUGAUUUGAUUUGAUUUUGAGUUGUUAUUUUUCAAAAUCUUAUUCUUACAUUUUACAAAAAAAACCCCAAUUGUAACUUUCGAGUUCGAAAAGAGCUUCCUUGGUCCACAUUCUUGACAAUUCGAUUCUCAAGACGUGGCUACUUGAGGGCUAUCUAGAACAGGAACAUAUACUUGACAACUAGGUUUUGUAGGCUCGGCUGCUUUUUAUAGGCUUUCAAGGCGCGGUUCUGAUGAUCUUCAAAAAAUGUAUUAAGAAUUGGAAAUUUAGAGCAUAAUUUAUAUUUUUAGAAUACACAAUCUUAGCCGAGAUGAGGUCCCAAAUUUCUUAAUCUCCUUCUUGUCAAAAAUAAGUUUCAUUUUUUUUUGUUGUAAAUCGUGUCAACUACAUUCAUUCAAAAGCAUUUUUCGUAUUUAUUCAAAGUAUUUACGAGUUUUUUGUCCACUGCGAAACACCCCCAAUUGUUUCCCUCUGCUUGCUCGCGCGAGAGAAAAAUAACUGAGCACAAGAAGAAUGUUCAACACAUUUUCAAACACUAUUUGUUUUCUACUCAUUUACUCUGUACUUUCUUUAUUAUUUUCUUAUUUUUUUCUGCUCAUUGACCAGAUUUAUUUUGAAUUUUGAAUUUUUUUCAUACUUUCGCAUAGAUCAAAAUUAAGAUAUCUUCUGUUGAGAAGCAUAUUUUUCAAAGCCGAGGAACGGAUUUUCAAAUUUUCUUUAUCUUUGCUGAAAACUAUUCUGUCAAAAAAUACCAAUUAGAUAAAAUCUAAAAGCUCAUUAAUGUUUCAUGAGUUCAUAAGCCCUCAAAAUCUGCGCCUCUCUCAUUUUCAACUAUUUAUUUUUUUGUCUCUCCCGCGGUUAGCAGUUCGAGAGUGUGCUGCCUCUUCUGUGCGCACUUUUUUCUCGUUCUUUCGUUCGCCUAACCCGAUUUUUUUUGUUGCUUCCCAAAUUUAUUGACUUUUUCCCAAUCCUCACUUUUUCUUGUCUGGCUAAUUGUAAGUAAUUUCCAAUUUGUUAGGACCAAACAAGGGUAGACUGUUAAAUGUCCGAGGAAGAUCUGAUAGAAAGUCUACCCUAUUCUUCGGUUCGUCAACUUCGCGCCGAAUAUUUGGCGAAAGUCGCGUCGACAUCCACUCCACCCCAGCAGCCGCCGCGUUUUCGACGUGGAACUGUGUUUGGCACCCGUCCAACUAUUUCACUACCAUAUAUUCCAGAAGUUGAUGAGGUUUAAAAAUAUUUUUGUGUAAAAAAAUUGGGAGGCGGGGUCAGGCUAUGCGCAAGCUUAGCGAUUUUAAGUUUAAAAAAAAAGAAACUCCUGUCAUACACCUCAAAAAUCCAUUAAUUUCAGGAAAGGCGUGCGUCUUACCACGUGGAGUCUACAUCCUCAUACACUGCAACAUCUUCAAUCCAACCGCCAACUCAUCCGGCUACAACAAUUCCGCCACCGCCGUCCGAGCCACCAAUUCCACAAACUCAGCCUCCCCUGCCACCCCCACCUUUGAAUGUUCAGAUAAAACGUGUAGCUGCUAACCCUCAGCAACCGGAAGAUUAUCCGGAAAGACUGAUGAGCCCGCCGCCAACACAUCAACCACGUUCGAUUUUGAAAGGCCAACAACAACAACAACAAUAUUAUAGUAGCUCACAACAUACCACAUCGAUAACUGAACAAUUAAAUCCACAACAAAUGCAUCCGAGACCUUCAGAUCGGCGGACGCCAACACAUUUUGAAGAUUUAUCGGAAGAUGAGAAGACUCGGAUUAUGCAGGAGAAUUUGCAAAGACAUCGGAAUAUGCGAAGUGGACCAAAUGGGCCACGACCAGCUGUUAGUAAUUUCAACGGUCCGUUCUUCCGAUUAGAACAAGUUAGCCCAGGACAACAACCUCCGAGGUAAGAUCCUAUCGAAAUAAAACGCUUCUCUCAAUCAAAAUAUUUUAGAUCUCAAUCAGUAGACCCAACAGUUCAAUUCGAACGCCAUCAACAUUAUCAACAUCAUCAUCAUCAAGAAGAGAAUCUUACAAGGAUGCGAGAAAUUUCAGCAUCAGAGAUUGAAUUAAAUCAGCAUAACUUCCAAGAUCCAUCAGUUGUUGUAUGGCCUCCAAUUUCGGAAAAAGAGCGGAAACGACCGAAUUCUGUAUUAGCAAAAAAUAUUCAAGAUCCAGAAAGGAUUGCAGAAUACCAAAGACAGAAAAGGUUGGAAGCUGAAGCGAUGGAAAGAAGAGAACAACAACAAAUAAUUAGUAUGACUAAACAAAUUCGGGCUAUGGAAAUUCAACAACAAAGAAUUUAUGAGCAAACUCAAGGAGUUGUAUCGCCAAUUCCAAUUAUUGAUACACAUCAAUAUCCACUCUCACCACCUCAAAUUUAUGAACCAAUUCCUCCUCCGCCUCCUCCACCAAUUCAUCCACCAAUUCAUCAACAUCAAUCAUUUGAUCCACCAGCCCCUCCCCCGCAAAAUGUGCAAAUUUUCGAGACUCGUCCAAUCUCAGCAAUGAGUGAUGAACUUGCUCCAAUUCCACAUUCAAAUGGACCAUCUUGGAAGAGAACUUAUGUUAUUGAAAAACCCAAAGAUUUGCAGAAAAAUGAGAUUUUGACAUCUGAAGAAUUGUUGGAGAAAGAUCAAUAUGAUGUGGAUUUGUUGAAACGAAGAGAAACAUUUGUUGAAAAACCAGAUUCACCGCCACAAAUUCAAAGAAUCGGAAGACGAUGGCAACCACCACCAGAGAAACCAUAUGUUUGGCCAACAAAUAUGAGAAGAGCAAUGUCAGUUGAGCCAAGAGAUUUUAUCAGUCCUGAAGAUGAUAGAGAUGAAUAUAAAUGGGCGCCAAUUGUAGUUGAUCCAGGAUAUAAAAGAGAAGAGAAGAAUUUCACCCCAGUCAAUAGUCCACCAGCUUCGCCAAGAAGAGGACAUGGAACUGGACCAUUAGAUGAACCAGCAAAACGACAAACACGUCAUGUUAUUCAACCAUCAUCUGAUGGAAGUCAUCGACCGAAAACUGUAUUUAAAAAAGAGAGACAAACACCAUCUGGUGGAUUCUAUCCUCAUGCACCAAAUGCCAUAAAAAUUGUCAAAAAACGUGCGCAAUCAGUUCAAGGUCUUUUGUCGCCUUCUGAUCAACAACCACAUGUCGAAAUUAUUCAACAAAGAAAUUAUCAUCGAUUGGAUUAUGAGAAUGGCAAUCAUCAACAACAUAAAUUACGGCGAACAAAUCAUGGAGGAUCGGAACAAGAUUUGAGAGCUGUUCAAGAUUUACCAGAUUGGGAGAAGAUUUAUGAACUUCCACCGCAUAGUUCACAAAUCGUUCAUAAGGUAAUAAAGUUUUUUAAAAGGUUUUUUUUCAAAAAAUACAUUUUCAUUGUUCAGGAAAUGCCACGAAAUGUUGAUGUUCAACGACGACUUUCGAAAUUCGAAGGAUCAAUACAGAAUCUUCGAGCCGCUUCUUCACAACAACAAUUAGAUGUGAGUUUUGUAUAAGGGUCCCCUAGUAAAAAAAAAUACCACCAUCGCCCCUUUUAUCUAUCUAUGUAGUCGACGAGGUGAGUUUGAAUUCUGAGUUUUUUUUUGCUUGACCCUCUCAAAAACCAAUCACCUACUCUUUGCUUUUUCGUUUGCUGUGUGAUGGUUGAAAUUGGUUUAGGUGAAUUAUCCAACUCCCGACUAUGAACAUCAACAACGACAGCAAAGACGAAGAACUGAUAGUUCGGCUUCAUAUCGACAACAACAGCCAUUGCCCCCACCGCCGCCCCCACUUCCCCCACAACAGGUACGAAUCUAGUGUUUGAAAAAAAACUCAAUUGAAAAUUAUAUUUUUGCAGAUGUCUCGUCGGAAUUCUGUAGCUUCAACUCGUAUCGAGUCACCAAUCCAGCCACACCAUCAACAUCACAAUCAUCAUCAUCACCGUCAAUCUCGAUCGGAUUCUCGAGGAAUGUCUCGUGCUGCCUCAUCGAUUCCGCUAUCACCUCAGCCAACACUGACACCUUUUCAACCACAUAAUCACAAUCAACGACCGAGAACACCAGGAGCAUCGCGAGCACGGAAUUAUAUUAAUCGAGCCACGGCGCCAAGCCCAACACCGUAUUCGUAUGAUCGAGCGAGAGCGUAUGUACCGCCUGCAUUGCCGCCAGGUUAUCGGGUUAGUUUUUUCGCUAUCACAAUAGAUACGAACUGAAUUUUUAAAUUUCUCUCCAGUUCACGUAAAUAUUCAAAUCGUCUUCCAAAUCCUCUUUUUCAUUCAAAAAAUACAUUCAAUUUGUUACAGUUAGCUGAUCCUCUUCCCGAUAUGCGUGCAACUUCUCCAUCACCUGGACAUACUCGAAAAAUGAUAAGAAAUGUGUCAGAAUCAGCUCAACGACUUCAUCCCUCGUCACCUUCUUCUUCUCAUCCACAUUCUCAUCAUAAUCCACAUCAUCAAACUCCCCAAUCAUCUCGAGCCCCAUCUCGACAUAGCCCAAAUCCAACCAAUAGAUUUUUGUAG